UUAGGGCUUUUUCCCUAAUUAGAAUUAGAAUUAGAAUCAGGAUCGGUAUUAUCUGUUGAAGGAUGUCUCGUGUGAUACAUGAUUUCCAUCACCAUGCUAGGCAGAGAAGUGAUAGUCAACCACACCCUGACGCCGGGGAGGACGAUCUCGUUGUGCGAUUUGAUUACGACAAGAUUACCGGAAGAGUGGUUCCCGGGGAUGGAUAUCAACUUGAGACCAGAACCCCGUUAGGUCAGUAUAACGUUUUAGUACAGUUUUCUGUAGCCAAGCAGUUCUCCUCCGAUUGGCUUGUUGAGUUUGAUCUCAAAAAGAUGGUUACCACGGCUCUUUCCAGCAUGGGUGUCCAGGAAGAUCGUUUUGCAGAUAUUACUGAUAGCGUAUUCUUGGCGAUUGACAUGGCUGAGUCACCCAGGCUGCCUCUUGAUGUGAGCGUAUGGGACGCCACUUGGGUCGAUGAAUGUGAACCCACUGUGGUUCCUGCUGCUGCAUCAUUCAUUGAGGGUUUGGAGCGAGUGAGACUUACGGAAUUGCAAGACCAUGUUAUUCGACAGACACCCUCCUGUGCUAUUUGCUGGGAAGAUUUUGCACAACAGCGACAACUACAACCAGUUCAAGUGCUGGUUACUCGUCUGCCCUGCUCGCACCGUUAUCAUUUGGAUUGCAUUGCCCUGUGCCUGGAGAGGAGUAACUUAUGUCCCAUGUGCCGCUACCCGAUGCCAACUCAAGAUCAAGCAAAUUGCGUGGCUUCUUUGCAAGACCCUGGCAAAGAAGGAACAAUCUGGAGUGUCACUAUUCUUACUUUACAAGUGCCGCAUAUAUAA